CAAGGAAGUGCCUGUACAGCUGCAGAAUGAUGGUCAACUGCGAGAAGUAGCUGUCCUUUGGUUAUCUUUACAGUAGCGUGUAAGCUGACUAGCUCCAUUACAGAAAUGGAGGCUGGAGGUGGAGAGGAGAGUCUGGACGAGCAGGGGGCUGCGGCAGCAGCAGAACCAAGCUUUUCUGGACACCGACAGACUUCUGCAAAGCAGGUUUGGGCUUCGCUGGAGGAAGCAGCCCAAAUGAAAACAGAAGGAAACGCUUUCUACAGAGAGAAGAACAUUCGCUCUGCCAUCGGGCGUUAUCACCGUGCUCUGCUGGUCCUCAGAGGCCUUGACUCAGAUGUGAUGACAUCAGUGAAAGGAUUUGGACCUGAGUCACCUGCCCUCACUCCUGAACAGGAGGCUGCACUGAGAAGCACACAAGUGGACUGCUACAACAACUUAGCUGCCUGUUUGCUGCAAAAACAGAGUGUUGACUAUGCGCGUGUGCGGGAGUACAGCCUGAGGGUACUGCAGUGGCGACCAGGUGAUGUGAAAGCACUGUACAGGGCAGGAGUAGCCACUCUGGAAAUGGGAGAUGCACAGACUGCCAAACAGUAUCUCACCCAGGCCUGCAGUGAGCAGCCGAAUGAUGCCAAUGUAAGGAAGCACCUGCAGAGGGCUGAGGAGAAACUGAAUCGGGAGUUGCAAAAAGAGAGGGCCAUGUACCAAGGCAUGUUUUCCUCCAGCCUGAGGAGCAGCUCCAGAGAAGGGAUUAACCAAACCAACAGAGCUGGUGAGGGAGUUUAGCCUGCCAGCUCAACCAGCCAAAUAAAGCCUCGACCUGAGAGAGACUGUGUUCAACCUCAAGUGAUCACAAAUCAACUAAAGAAUGUUCACACAUCUUGAAUCACUAAUCAUGUUACCGUGUCUCCUUUAGGUGCUGAUAAGUUGAGCGUAGCAAAGAAUUGUAAAUCAUUCAGACUACUGGAACGCAGUCAAUAGGAAAGUAAAAAUGUCGCUGCUGAAAAUAGAAAGGAGAGGACAGGAAAGUUGGUUUCCUAGCAACACGGAAACAAAGUUGUUUUUUGAGCCCAGAAGAGCAAGAGUUUGGAUAUUUCACAAAAUGCUCCUGAAAGCUAAAGUGAGGUUCUUCAUGCACUACUCAACAUUUUGAUUUUGCCUUCAUGAUUGCAGUUGUCUGGUCAGUGCUUUAAUGUUGAUUUUGUGAGUUUUCAAGUAAAAUAUUUUUUAUAAAUACUGUUCAUGCUCAAACGUCUUUUUAAAACUUAUUUCAUUGUAAAUGAUUAUAUAUUAAGUAUUUCAGCCACAGAACAUGUUUAGUUAGAAGUUUCUUUUAUUUA